AGCUAUGUAAACGUGUUCAGGCAGAACAUGGAGAUAGACCAGUGUCUGCUGGAGUCUCUGCCGUUGGGCCAGCGUCAGAGGCUGGUCAGACGCAUGCGUUGCGAGCAGCUGCGGGUCUACUACGAGCGUGAGCGGGACGCUACAGAAGCAGAGCUUUUCCCCAAGCCCCGCUCCACCAACCGCAAAAAACAAAGAAUCAGCUUCACACUUUCAGAGUACGUCAUCCAGGACGCCAUCAUCCGACACGAUGACAAAGAAGUGCUGAGGCUGCUGAAGGAGGGAGCUGACCUGAACACAGUGAUUUCCUCAGGAGGAUCUCUGCUCCAUCUGUGCGCCCGCCAUGACAAUGUGUUUGCAGCAGAGAUUUUGAUAGAGAAAGGACUGAAUGUCAACCUUCAGGAUGAAGACCUCUGGACUGCCCUGCAUGUGGCUUGUGCCUGCGAUCACGCAGAUAUGGUGCUGCUGCUGCUACUGGCUGGAGUCAACGUGCUCCUGCAGGAUGUGAACGGGAACAUUCCACUCGACUACGCCACAGAGGGGACGGAAAGCAGCUACAUCCUCAUCAGACAUCUGGAGGAGAAUGGAGUGGACAUGAGCUCUAUGCACCAGAUGAAGACCCAGCGCUCAUCCACCAUGCUGUCUGACGUGAGGCAGCUGGUCAGCAGCGGGGGCAGUGUCAAUCAACAAAAUGAUGAUGGGGUCACGCUGCUACACAUCGCCAGUGCCAGUGGUUACGAAGAGGAGGUGGUGUCCAUGCUGCUGGAGCACGGAGUACAGGUGUCUGAUAACAGCUUCUGGACACCAUUACAUCUGGCUGCCAAAUACGGGCAGACCCACAUUGUGAGCCAGCUGUUGAAGCACAAAGCAGAUCCUACUCUUCUGAACUGCAACCAGGACAAGCCCUCAGACAUAGCUGCUACUGUGCAGAUUGCAGAUAUGCUGAUGAGAGCAGAGGAAUUCUGGGCACAGAGACAGACAGACCCCUCGGCUCUUCCUCCACAGUCAGAAGAGCACUGCCACAGAGAGUGGGUUAUGUUAAUGGGGUCAGGAGGAGCUCUGACACAGCAGCCUUCACUUGACUGCGGACUGGACGGACCGUAUCCCAGCGCUGCAGGAAAACUGGAGCAGGUGAAACUAAUGCCUCCUGCUCCUAAUGAUGACCUUGCAUCCCUCAGUGAACUCACGGACAGCAGCCUGCUCUACGAGAUGCAGAAGCGCUUUGCUAACGACCAGAUAUAUACUUACAUUGGACACAUUCUUCUCCUUAUUAACCCUUACAAAGACCUACCCAUCUACUCUAAUCUGGUCAGUCAGUUGUAUCUGAGCUCCAGUGGUCGUCUGUGUUCCUCUCUCCCGCCUCAUAUCUUCUCUUCAGCUGAGCGCGCCUAUCACAUGAUGCUGCAGGAGCGACGCCCACAGUGUUUCAUCAUCAGUGGAGAGAGUGGUUCUGGGAAGUCUGUGGCCUGUAAGCACAUCCUCAAACACCUGGCUGCUCGCUCAAGUCCCAAAGGCUUUGCUCUAGAGCCACGAAUGAAGCAUGUGAAUGUGAUCUUGGAAGCUUUCGGUCAUGCUGAGACUCAGAUGAACUCCUCGGCAAGCCGCUUCAUCAAUCUGAUCUCACUGCAGUACUGUGAGAAGAGAAAGACUCUGCUCAGAGGUCGUCUGUACACUUACAUGCUGGAGAAGUCGAGGGUCAUCUGCACCCCACCGCAUCAGCAGAACUUUAACGUCUUCUACCUGAUGGCCGAGGGGCUUUCAGCAGAGGAGAAGAGUAAUCUAUAUCUAAACAAUGUCCUAGCCCACAGGUGUAUGAACACAGCGGCUCCCGGUGAAACUCCUGCAGUAGCUACAGCGUGUCCUCAGAGCAGAGAGAAGCUCUCGGCCCUUAAACAGGCUCUGCGUGCCCUCGGCUUCAACAGACUGGAGGUGGAGAAUGUGUUUGUGCUCCUCUCUGCGCUGCUGCUUGGGGAUGUGCGCUUCACCGCCCUGACAGACGCUGACACUGCGUUUGUGUCAGACUUGCAGCUGCUGGAUAGAGUGGCUGGGAUGUUGCAGGUGAGCUCUGAGGAUCUCGGCUCUGCACUCACCUCUGAUGUGCAGUGUUUCAAAGGUGAUGUCAUAUCAAGGCGCCACACAGUCGAAAUGUCCAACCAUCACAGAGACCUCUUGGCCAAAGCUUUAUACGGACGACUCUUCAGCUUCCUGGUCAAUAGCAUUAACUUUUACCUCCAAGGCCAUGAAGAUAGCACGGGCCUUCAGUGUAACUAUCUGUGCAAGUUACAGAAGCCUCAGGGUGUGCUGUGUAAUUUGGGCCAUGAUGAGAGUCAGUCCCUCAGGCCGUGUGAAGUCAACCUUUAUAAGACGACUGCAGAUACAGCUGGAUUCCCUCCGAGUUUUUGGACGCUGUCUCCCCCACGACUCAAGGAUGGCAACGGGAACCCCCCACCCAAAGACCAGGGGCCAUCGUUUACCGCACUGCACUACGCUGGCAAGGUGACCUAUGCCCUGACCGGCUCACUUUCGGACAAGAACAAGGAUGUUCUUCCCCAAAACAUCUUGUUGAUUAUGAAAAGUCAGAGGUUCAACGUGGAGGCAGGACGUGGUGUGCACACGGAGAGAUUUGUUGAAUGGAAGAAGUGGCACCAACCAUCCCCCUUUUUCCUGCAGAGACUGGAGCGUUGUGGACCGGUCACUGUGGCAGUGCAGCUCAGGAACUCUCUGUGUGAGAUCACCAGUAAGCUGCAAGCGUGUACACCUCACUUUGUGCAGUGCAUCAGGCCCAACAAUGCCGGAAAGCCUGAUGUGUUCGACAGUUUCCAUGUGUCCUCACAGCUCCAGUACGUGGGGGUUCUGGAGAUGGUCCGCAUGAUCCGGUAUGGAUACCCAGUCCGCCUGUCUUUCACCAGCUUCCUGAGCAGUUUGACCUUUUCUGUGAAUGGUUUUGUCUUGCCAACAAUCCAACGCAAGCUGGAUGCUGACGAAGUCUUCCAGGGACUCUUGAAACCCUUUGACCCUCGAAUUGCAUCUCUCUGUGGGUUUUCCCACCAAGCUUUACUGGGAGCUGGUGGACAACCAUCUCACCGACAGGAAGAAAAGCAUCCGGCAGAGGACAAGUUGCCCCGGCACAUUCUGCAGCAUUGUAAACUCCAGGGCUGGCAGAUGGGGAACAGUAAGGUUUUCUUGAGAUACUGGCAGGCCGAUCACCUUAAUGACCGCUGCCAUCAGCUGCACAGAAAGAUUAUUGUCUGUCAGAAAGUGGUGCGUGGCUGGUUGGCCAGACAAUGUGCACGUCGCAGGCUCACGUCUUGGCAGAAGGAGCAGUGUAACAUCCAACGGUUCCUGCAGGGAGCAGAGGACUUGGGUAUGCGUGCUUACGACAGCCUGGUCAUCCAAAACGCAGCAGAUAUUGCACGAGAGAACGACCGCCUCCGGGGUCACAUCAGUGCUCCACCACUAGGCGAGAGACCGGAACCUGUGGGCAAAGAAGAAGACUCGCCCAAGAGGGCUGUUGAAAAAAGUGGGAGGGUUAACGAUGUGGCGGGCCGUGGGGGGAACAGACCACUCCGGCAUUUCCGCUCCAGCUCUGUGCCUCUACCCCUGGUUAUGGACAGCUUGGUACACUCCAGCAUUGGGACAUUAAUCAAAGCAGCCCUUCAGCCUGCGCCACACUCCACUGAGGAGGGAAAUGGAGGGAGCCUCUCCUCCCCACGAAAACAACCGCCUCCCAAACCCAAACGAGACCCUAAUACACGUCUGAGUGCAUCAUACGAGGCAGUGAGCGCAGGGCUGAGUAUUGCACCCAAAGACAGCCCUGCUGAGGGUCAAACCUCUCCAUCUGGAAGCCCACCAAAAACCCAACUCUCUCCUUCUGAUCCUCUUUCUAAACCUCGCCCUCACAGUGAUGACUACAGCACCAUGAAGAAAAUCCCACCCCCCAAGCCCAAACGCAGCCCUAAUACUAAACUGACGGGCUCUUAUGAGGAGAUCUCUGUACCUUCUCCUGCACGGCCCACGGACAUGAAACUUGUCAGUUUGUUACGAGGCGGCCACUGCUUGGGCCUCAUCCAGCGAGCAGCAUCUGCGGACGGCCCCCAUUCUUCUGUGCUAAGCCUAUACCCCUGCCAGGAUGAGGAGGAUGUGUAUAUCGAGAUGGUUGGGGCCUCAAGAGCCCUUAGCCUGGCAGACUCCCACAGUCCAGAACUGGGAGAGGCGGUAUAUGAGGAGAUGAAGUACUUCCCACCUGAUGAGGUGGGGUCAGCUCCAGUGGUCAAGCCUGAAGCUGUCAAUCCCUCUACCACUAUCCUACCUGCCCCAGUUCUGGAAAUCAAGAGGCCUGUAACUUUGAUGGAGCACUCUGGCACACUCGGGGGGAAGCAGCAGGGCAAGGAUGGGACAGCAUGUGACAUUCCAGCUCCAUUCCCCAAUCUCCUUCCACAUCGUCCCCCACUUCUAGUCUUCCCUCCGUCCCCUGUCACCUGCUCUCCCGCCUCGGAUGAGUCCCCCCUUACACCUUUGGAGGUGAAGAAGCUGCCGGUGUUCGAGACCAACCUCAACUACACCAGCCAGGAUGGGGGCAGCCCACUCUCACCACAGUAUACCCGACAAAGAGCUGACUCCUCACCGAGUCUUUCCGUUUUAAUGCCAGACAAAUCUACGCCACCCUUGACUCCUCCUCCCCCUGCAGCAGCACUUCCACCUCCUUACCGUCCCCCAUCCCACUUCCCCUUCCCCCCUGAACCAAACGUUUUGGCCCUGACCCGUGCAGCUUCUCUGGCUACCACCGAUUCCCCCAAAGUCUCCCAUAAAAUAGGGCACAGUAUGGCAGAGACACCCCCAAGCAAUUCCAAACCUCCCUUCUCCCCAGUAAAGACCUCGAGGCCAGAGCCCCGCAGAGCUCACUCCUGCUCCUCCUCGCCUCUGCUAUUCACCCCUGCCAAUGGGAGACCCCUCACCAGCCCUCUAGAUGAGCUCAACACCCUUUUCAGCUCAGGGCGCAGCCUUCUUCGCAAGUCUACCACUGGAAGAAAGAUCCGUGACAGCGGACUCUCAAAUUCCAACAUUAACCUGCCAGGUCGAGAGGAUCAAGGCCCCAUCUCUCCGUCAGCACAGCUGCAGGACAAAAACGCCAACAACCACACCUCUCCCAACUCUUCGAACCCUGCGCCCAUUGAGAACGGCAACCAGAUCUCUAAUGGGACGUGGAAGACGAGGGACAUCCAAAGUCGAAUGCGUCCAGCACCUCGGCGUUACACAGGCACAUGGACAGCCACCACACUCAGGUGCUCCAGAGGUCACGUGCAUGUGGGGAUCAGCGGGCCACUCUGCAGGAAUUGUUGCGCUGGCGGAGGAGUGUUUGGGAUGGUCGACCGGACUGGCAGAACGCUUGGCUCCACACAAACACCUCACCCACCCUAACAGUGAAGACCAAGAGUCCCAGAAAGAAAUCAUCGCCCUAGAGAUUGUGGUCUUCCUGGGUUAAACCUCAGUUAAACCCCACUCCUUAGGCCCGAUGGCCCUUUUUUAUGAUUUGCCCUUCACUUAGGGGUAGCGUCCUCUAAUCAGAGCCAGACUCUGAACUUAAGAGAGUAGGGCAUCCCAAUUUGUUCAUGUUCCUCUCUUCACUUCUUUUGAAAGAAUGAAAGGUUCCUUGGAAAAUUGUUCCAACUAAUGGCCAACUGGGACCAAAUAACAUACCAAGUCCAACAUUGAAAAUAUAAAGUCAUUGUCAGACUUUUAUGAAUUCCUUUCGCAAUGUCCUAAACAUCAUGCUGUUUUGGAAGAUCUCAUCACAUUGCCUUGAUUGCAACUCAUCUACGCUAUCUUAGGGCUGUGCAAACGCAUCUCAUCUGUGUGCUAUAGUCUACGUU